AUGCUCAUCACCAAAACAUUCCACGACGUGUCCAGCAAACUCGACAACGGGCGUCCAAUCCGUAUCUUUGUGGUUUCUCCUGUUGUCCCAAACUAUCCCCAAGCAAAGUUUCCCGGUGUGGUAUGCUUCAGUGAAAUCUAUCAAGUAACAGGGCCAGUGGAAAGGUUUGCUGGUCAGAUCGCGAGCCAGGGAUUUGUGGUCGCUUGCCCAUCAAGCUACCAUGAGUUUGAGGGACCAGAGGCCAUUCCGUAUGAUAACGAAGGGGGAAUAGGUACAAGGCAAGCCCCUUCAUAUCGUGACGAUCUGCAUUCUCAUCUACUUUUGUGUCAGAUCGAGAAAUCCGUAGCUGCGUACGACGAGGAUUGCACACUCUCCGUUGAUCUUCUGGUUUCUUUGCCAAACUGCAACGGUCGCAUUGCAGCGACUGGAAUGUGCUUGGGAGGGCAUUUGGCAUUUCGGGCUGCUUUUGAUCCCCGUGUACUGUCUUCAGUAUGCUUCUUCGCGACUGAUGUCCACAGUGCAACCCUUGGCAAAGGCAAGAAUGACGACUCUCUUGCGCGUGUUCACAAGGGAGAUAUGACAGGCAAAGGUGAACUCGUGAUGAUCUUCGGGAAACAGGACACACAUGUCCCUCGCGAAGGUCGGGAUCUCAUCCGCAAAACUGUUGAGGAUGCCAAUGUGCUCUGCUCUUUUCUGGAGGUACAGGCGCAGCACGCGUUCAUCAGAGAUGAAUCCUCAAAAGGUCGAUGGGACGCUGCCCUCACGCGGUCCUUGUUUACGUUUAUGAUGGAGGUGUUUGAAAGAACUAUCGGGAGAGAUCUCGGGCCCAGAGUCGACAAAGGAGAGAAAGUCGAGCACGUAUGCUAG